GGGGGCGCCCCCUCGGCAGAGCUGGGCUGCAGGCCGAGCUCGCAGUACUGCCGGCGCUACCUAGCGUGCGCGCAGAGGUGUCGGAGCCCAUCCAGCCAUGGAAGCGGCAGCUGUCCUGCCUAGGUACCUACAGUUGAGGCUUCUGCUGGUGCUGCUGCUGCUGGUUUUGCUUCGGGCUGGUCCUGUGUGGCCCGACAGUAAGGUAUUCAGUGACCUGGACCAGGUUCGGAUGACCUCAGAGGGCUCUGACUGCCGCUGCAAAUGCAUCAUGCGACCGCUGAGCAAGGAUGCAUGCAGCCGGGUGCGAAGUGGGCGAGCACGAGUAGAGGACUUCUACACUGUGGAGACAGUGAGCUCCGGGGCUGACUGCAGGUGCUCCUGCACCGCCCCGCCCUCCUCACUCAACCCCUGUGAGAACGAGUGGAAGAUGGAGAAACUGAAGAAGCAGGCACCUGAGCUCCUCAAGCUGCAGUCUAUGGUGGAUCUCCUGGAGGGUGCCCUGUACAGCAUGGAUCUGAUGAAAGUGCAUGCCUACAUCCAGAAGGUGGCCUCCCAGAUGAAUACGCUGGAGGAGAGCAUCAAGGCCAACCUGAGCCUGGAGAACAAGGUGGUGAAAGACAGCGUACACCACCUCAGUGAGCAACUGAAGAGCUAUGAGAACCAGUCAGCCAUCAUGAUGAGCAUCAAGAAGGAGCUGUCUAGCCUGGGCCUCCAGUUGCUGCAGAGGGAUGCAGCCGCUGUCCCUGCCACUGCCCCAGCCUCAAGCCCCGACAGCAAGGCUCAGGACACAGCUGGAGGGCAAGGCAGAGAUCUCAACAAAUAUGGCAGCAUACAGAAGAGCUUCUCAGACAAGGGCCUGGCAAAGCCUCCCAAGGAGAAGCUGCUGAAAGUGGAGAAGCUGAGGAAGGAGAGCAUCAAGGGCAGAAUACCCCAGCCCACAGCCAGGCCACGUGCGCUGGCUCAGCAGCAGGCAGUGAUCCGAGGCUUCACCUACUACAAGGCAGGCAGACAGGAGGCCAGACAGGAGGCCAGACAGGAGGCACCCAAGGCUGCCGCUGACAGCACCCUCAAAGGAACUUCCUGGCUGGAGAAGCUACCACCCAAGAUAGAGGCCAAACUUCCGGAACCUAACUCUGCCAAACAUGAUGACGUCCGGCUGCAGGCUUCAGAAGGAGGCAACUUGACCCCUGACAUUACCACCACCACCACCAGUACCAGCAGCAGCACCACCACCACUACUGGCACCACCAGCACCACCAGCACCACCAGCACCACCAGCACCACCACCCCAAGCCCUAUCACCACUCCCUGGCCUACUGAGCCACCUUUGCAUCCAGAAGUCCCCAGCCAAGGUCGGGAGGACAGCUGUGAGGGCACACUCAGAGCUGUGGAUCCCCCUGUGAAACACCACAGUUAUGGGCGCCAUGAGGGGGCCUGGAUGAAGGACCCUGCAGCUCUUGAUGACAGGAUCUAUGUCACCAACUACUACUACGGAAACAGCCUGGUGGAGUUUCGAAACCUGGAAAAUUUCAAACAAGGCCGAUGGAGUAAUAUGUAUAAACUACCCUACAACUGGAUAGGCACAGGCCAUGUUGUGUACCAGGGUGCCUUCUACUACAACCGUGCCUUCACCAAGAAUAUCAUCAAAUAUGACCUGCGCCAACGCUUUGUGGCCUCCUGGGCCCUGCUGCCUGAUGUGGUCUAUGAGGACACCACACCCUGGAAGUGGCGUGGCCACUCGGACAUUGAUUUUGCCGUGGAUGAGAGCGGCCUGUGGGUCAUCUACCCAGCUGUGGAUGAGCAUGACGAAACACAGCAUGAGGUGAUUGUGUUGAGCCGCCUGGACCCAGCAGACCUCUCUGUGCACCGGGAGACCACGUGGAAGACACGGCUGAGGAGGAACUCCUAUGGGAACUGCUUUCUGGUGUGCGGCAUCCUCUACACCGUGGACACUUACAACCAGCAUGAAGGCCAGGUGGCCUAUGCGUUCGACACCCACACUGGCACUGAUGCUCACCCACAGUUGCCCUUCCUCAAUGAGUAUUCCUAUACCACCCAGGUUGACUACAACCCCAAGGAGCGGGUGCUCUAUGCCUGGGACAAUGGCCACCAGCUCACUUACACUCUCCACUUUGUGGUCUGAGUGGGCAUCUAUGUUCACAAGGGAGAGCAGCAGAGGAGAAAGGGCUAUCCCUAGCAACUCUUGCAAUUGAUAUAAGUAUCGUUUGGGGGUGUCCUGGGCUAGGUAUUGGCUUUGAUGGCUUUGAGUGCUUUCUCAGUGCCCAGUAGGUGACACUUCCACAGCAACGCUGCGCCGGGAGCUUUCCCUGCGCUUUCCCUUUUGACUCUCUCUACUUCUUCCCUUAAGCCUGUUGAGUAGAUGAAGUGACUAAAGCCCAAAGGAGCAGC